CUUGUUUUUCUCUUCCCAUUGACUCCUGCUUUUCCCCCCUCUCUCUCCUGAGCGCUUUUACUCUCUCUUUAAAAUCCCACCUCAUCCACAUGAGAUUUCUCUCAAGAAGCAAAAGGGCAGUGAGAAAACAGGGGAAAGAAAACAGAGCUUUACAGAGUGAAAAGAACAGGGGAAGUAAAAAGAAACUACUGAGGUUUUUCUCUGUUUCUUUUUAAGCUUUCUUUCACUAUCCUUUCUUCUUUCCUUUUCCUUUUCGUUCCGUCUUCUUUCCAUUAUCACUCUUUUUCUUGGGAUUGUCCUACAUGGGUUCUUGUAAAGAUCAAGAAGACCAUCAUCAGUUUCAAGCAAACUGCGUUUGGGUUCAUGGGCCUAUCAUUGUAGGUGCAGGACCAUCUGGUCUAGCAACAUCUGCUUGCCUUACUCAGCAAGGCGUCCCUUCUCUUAUUCUUGAGAAAAGCGACUGCAUAGCUUCCUUGUGGCAACAUCGAACCUAUGAUCGUCUCAAACUCCAUCUUCCCAAACAGUUUUGCGAAUUACCACUCCUUGGUUUCCCUAAGAAUUUCCCAAAGUACCCAACCAAGCACCAGUUUAUCUCUUACAUGGAGUCCUAUGCUUCACAUUUCUCAAUCCAACCUAGGUUCAGGCAAGCUGUGCAAAGCGCAGACUUCGAUCAUGUUUUGGGGUUUUGGAGGGUUAAAACUCAAGACUGUGAGUACAUUUCAAGGUGGCUUAUUGUCGCCACUGGUGAAAAUGCUGAGCCUGUAAUUCCCGACAUUUCGGGGAUUGACAAGUUCAACGGUCCUGUUGUUCAUACCAGUUUGUACAAGUCUGGUUCUGAGUUUAGAAACCAAAGGGUUUUGGUAAUUGGAUGUGGUAAUUCUGGCAUGGAAGUUAGCUUGGACCUCUGUCGAUACAAUGCGAUCCCGCAUAUGGUUGUUAGAAACACGGUGCACGUCUUGCCUAGGGAGAUGUUUGGUUUCUCAACAUUUGGUAUAGCCAUGGCACUUCUCAGAUGGUUCCCUUUGAGGCUAGUAGAUAAAUUCCUGUUGCUGGUAGCCAACUUCACCCUGGGCAACACAGACCAAAUAGGUCUUCGGCGGCCAAAAACCGGUCCUAUUGAGCUCAAGAAUGUCACUGGAAAAACUCCGGUGCUCGACGUUGGUGCACUAUCACAGAUAAAAUCUGGUAAAAUUAAGGUGGUGGAAGGUGUGAAAGAGAUAACAAGAAAUGGAGCAAAGUUUAUGGAUGGACAAGAAAAGGAGAUUGAUUCAAUAAUCCUGGCAACUGGGUACAAAAGCAAUGUGCCUACUUGGCUCAAGGGAUGUGAUUUUUUCACCAAAGAUGGCAUGCCGAAAACGCCGUUUCCCAACGGAUGGAAAGGAGAGAAGGGAUUGUACACAGUUGGGUUUACAAGAAGAGGGCUGCUAGGAACGGCUUCUGACGCCGUUAAGAUUGCUGGAGACAUUGCUGAACAAUGGAGGACAAUCAAAGACUGUAACAACAACGGUUGUAAUUCUCAUGUUAUCCUGCUCAAGGAAACCUGAUCACUCUGAAAUCAAAAACCAAAGAAAAAAAAAAGGUAGCUUUCGAUUAGAUGGGGAAUUUACUGAGGAUGACUUUUUUCUUUUGUGGGUUUUUUAGCCCCUCUUUUAAAUCUUGUAAAUGCACCAAUUUUGUAUGUGGGGGGUUUGCAUCCAUCCUUUACCUCUUAAGAGUUGUUAUGAUAAUGUAAGUUUGUCAACUUUGUACAAAAUAAUUUCAUAAAUAGA